AUGGAUCAGUGGACGAAUAGAGAUGACGAGGAGCUGCGAAACAGAUGUGAAUACAGGGAAGCUAGAAAAGUUGCUGGCUUGAUGGAGAGGCUCUAUAAGAUAAUCACCUUGAACCCAGGACUCGUAAAGCACUGCGGAUCGUUGUGCUACACUCAUACACCAGUCAAUGUGUACAAUGAACUCAGGACUAGGUCUGAAGUAGAGGAGGCGAUCGCCAGAAGAGAAGCCAGACGAGAAGAGCUAGGAUCCGAUUACGACUCAGAUGAUGAUGGAGAACCCAAGUGGGAUUAUCAAACAGCCUAUUUACCUACCUCAUCAUUGAUCGACAAAAUUCAAUAUGAAUUUUCCGGUGUCGACUAUGUCGAGAAAGUAGAAAUGCUCCAGGGCAUCGUAGGAACAGCGCCCUUUACAAGACUACUCGCUAGUGCAGACAUGCAUCCUGACCAAGUUGCCGCUAUGGUUGCUUGGCCUAGACACCUCGAAAGGCUGGCUAUGCAAACCAACCCGAAGCUAAUGACUACCACCUCGGUUCAUGAGGGCUCCCUGCAACACAUUCUAGACAUUCCGAAAGACUCGCUGACUCACUUCCGAAUCGAGGGUGAUUAUGAGCUAGGUAUGCGAGGUUUUGACUUGAGAGACUUCCCUUGCUUGGAACAUCUUGCCCUUUGCAACGCAACCAUCUUCGGCCGCGAUCCGGGUCGGCCUCAAGACACUUUCCCAGACCACUAUCAACACAUCUUAGCCCCUCAUCUUCGCAGCCUGCUAUGGGUGAUGCCGCCUACGCAAUGGGACGCUGAAAUUCUGUCCGGGGUGCUACAUGGCAUGUUGGCACUGAUGCAAAUAAUGGAUAUGAAAAGAGCCUUCCUUGGAGAGAAUAUGGUUGCAGAUUCUGAAGCAGUCGCUUGA